AGCGGGUCAGUUACUGUGGCCGGAAAUGGGUGUCCACCCCAUGGAGAGGCUCUGGGAAGUGGGGGGACACCCACACAUCUGCGCGACGGAGGAAUUCACUCCCUGGAGCCCUGUUCUGCCUGCAGUCCCUGACCGGUACAGGAUCCCUGUGCCAAAUCAUGGCAGCAGAAGCCACCGGAGCCGCCGCCAUUGCCCCCAGAUCUGGAGCUUGGGGGCUCCAGCCAUGGCAGGCCCUCAGUCCACCCCAGCCCAGCCAGACAAGUCUCCCCCAGCCUCCGGUCUGGCAUCAGGAGAGGACCCGCAAGAGGACCAUCCUUCUCCAGGGCCUGGGCGCCUUCCACGUUGUCAUCGCCACGCUGCACAUGGUCCUCGGGACUAGCCUGGUCUCUGCAGCCGACGGCCUUCACCUGGUGGUGCUGAAGUGUUGGUACCCAUUCUGGGGAGCCGCCUCUUUCCUCUUUACAGGGCUCUCCAUGAUAGCAAUGGAAGUGGUUCUGAAAAUCUCUCUGAAGGUGUCGUGCCUGAUAACACACUCCAUCAGCAUCCUCUGCGUGCCGGCCGGCCUCUAUGUCAUCACCAAGGACCUCUUUCUGGAGAACCCCUUUGAGUCCCUGGUCCGGAGACUGCUGGACCCCAACGUCACGCUCCACAUCCAGAGGCUGGAGCUGGCCCUGCUCUGCCUCACCUGCUUGGAGCUCUUCCUGCUGGGGGUCACGGCCGUCGUAGCCUGCAGGGAGUACCGCCUGUCUACGGAGAAGGACAACUUGCCCCUUGUUCCUGACAUGUCCCUGGGGUUCAGCGGGCCCCCGCCAUCCUACGAGGACGUGAUUCAGAACGACGCACAGGAGGAGCAGAGGCAGCCGUGAAGAGGCGCUGGCCCCGGUGUCCCUUCCCCAGGGGCCGUUACCUGAUAGGGGCAAACGAUGCUGUUUCGACAACUGUCUGACCUGUGCUGGUGGCCUAGGUGGGGCGGUCCCCAUCUCCUCAGGCACAGAAGGGGCCUCCAGGCCCCCAGCCCCCAUAAGGCCCCUGUGCCUGGUGGGCCAGAGCUGCCUCAGUUGGUCCACAGCACAACCAGCCCCCCCCACCCUGCCAGCCCAGCCACAGAGCCCGCUCCCACUCCCCACCUGCCCUGUCUGCUCUCCCAGCCCAUGUGGGUGCCCGGGCGGCCUGGCCCUUCCCAGGCUCAGGCUCCUCAAGAGUCUCUGGGGGGACGGAGUCCCUGGGUUCAGGGUGAAGGCAGCAGGGGCGUUGAGUCAGGCAGAAACCACAACCAGCUCUUCCCCCCAAAGUGCAGGCGGGACUCUCGCCGCCCUGGACCUCAGGGUCUCCAAAUGCACAGUGAGGGCCAGUGGACACAGUGACCAGCGCCCCCCACUGCACGGCUCUGAUGCCAGGCGUCCGUGCCAGCUGAGGUUGCCCGUGAAACUUUGGCCUCAAAACCCCACACCUACUCGUGCUGAGAAAGCGGGGGGAGGGGGGAGAUCCACCUCCCUCGGUCCCCAAACCUCAGGCAUCGAGGACAGUCUUCGCAGUCUGUGUUUAUUUGUGCACGGUAUUAUAGUCCCUCUCUGUUUCCUUACAAGGAUUUUUUCCUCACAUAAUAAAGUUUUAGAGGGACACUUUGUAUCAGGAACAAAGAAAGUCAAUAUCUUUCCAUAAAAAGAAGCUAACAGCAAAAAUAAUGUAAACAGGAUGAAAAUAAAGUGACUUGC